GGCGUUAGUGGUUGCCGUGGCUGGCCAUGUAGUUCGCCAGCAAUCGUGCUCUGAUUCAGUUACGAUUUGGUUGUGCGGUGUUAACUAAAUAAAGUGUGCUGUGAGCGCGUGUCGUACGAAAUUUUCAAUGUAGAACUCAUAGAGCGUGUAACGACGUGACGCUGCAUUACCGAACACGAAGCUUAUAUGUGUAUGUGUUUGUAUGUACUGAAAAGUGUGUAAAAAAUUUAUUAAAUUUUUUACUCUAAGUAACUAAACGCUUAGCGUGUUCGGCUGAACGCAAUGUACUGCCAGCAGUGUAUGGUGUUUUUGUACUGUUAGCAAAUAUUAGAAGCUUAGCUAGUAAUCAAUUGUGUGCCAAUUUGUGUAAAACGUAGAUUUGUGCAAAUACUAAUACAAAUACAAAUAGGUGCCUAACAUAUUCAAAAUCAAAGCGUGUGAAGUGAAAGUGCAUACUUAAGCAAGCUUCUUACAUUUAAAGAACUUUAGAAAACAAAAUCGCAUAGCUGACUAAUACGCCGUGAACCCUUGCACCCGUGUGUAUUCAAUAUCCCACUCAAACUUGGCGGCUUUUCAAUAUGAUGGACAUUAGCAGCAUGUACGGCAAUCACCACCCUCAUCAUCAGAAUAGCUAUCAUGCCAACAGCGCCGCCACCGCCGCCGAUAUGGCCGCUGUGGUCUCUUCAACUGGUUACCCCAACGCUUAUUUUCCGGCAGCUGCGGCCGCGACCAUGCCCACGCAUCACCACCAGGCGCACCACCACCAACACCCGUUGGGUUAUGCCAGCUAUGUGACGGACGGUUCGUCGCCCAACUAUUACCCACAACAGCAACAACAAUUAACGCCCCCACCACCCUCGUUGCAGCAAGCACCAGCGGUCCUCAAUCAAAACGCUGCUGUUAGCUCGCAACUACAACAACAACAGUCGCAGGCACAACAGCAGCAGCAAUCGAUGUACCCGCACGCACAUCUUUUCAGUCCAAGCGCCGCCGAAUAUGGCAUUACGACCUCUUCGAGCGCUGGCGCGGGUACCGCCUCAGGCACACCUUUGCACCCGUCCAGUCAUUCGCCCACAGAUUCUUACUAUGAAAGCGAUUCGGUACAUUCCUAUUAUGCAACGGCUGCAGUGGCAGCAAUACCACCUGCCACCAACUCGCCGACGUCCGCGUCCAACGCGGUGCACGGUAAUCCAACGGCGCCAAUUGAUGCGCCAAUCAUAAGCUCCGAAAAUGGCUUAAGCUACACCAAUUUGGAUUGCUUGUACAAUCAAAAUGCGCCAACGCACGCACAACAACAACAACAAAUGCAACACAACUAUGCCUCGUUGCCCGCCGUAAAUAAUGUUGGCGGCGGCAGUGGCGCUAAUGUGGAGGAAAAAUACGCCGCUGUCUUGCAUUCCGCGUAUGGCGGCGGCUCAAGCUUACCAUUCGACGAACCCCUUAUGCAGCAAGCCAUGUCAGCAAGUCAACAACAAUCACCACCGCAAAUGUGGCAUCAUCAGCACAUGGGUGGCGGGUACACAAUGGAUGCUGGCAUUCCGAUGGAGUCGCUGGGCAUGCAUCCCUUGAAUAUGGCGCACAUGCAAACGGUGGCGCCACCCCAACAUCCGCAUCAGCUGCAACCACAAACACAGCAACAACAUUUGCAACAACAUCAACCGCAAUUACAACAACAACAUGGCUCGCCAAAUGGACCGUGCUUAAGCUCACGCAGCCAGCAAGUUGUCUCGCCCGACUGCACAGGAUUACCGUCAUCGCCGGGCUCCUCAUCUAGUCAAGCCGGCUCACACAACAAAUCCCCGAAUCAAGCCAGCAACUUGCCAACGUACAAGUGGAUGCAGUUGAAGCGCAAUGUACCCAAACCACAAGCACCCAAACUACCUGCCACAAUACACGAUUAUCAGCUGAACGGGCAUCAGCUAGACAUUUGCCGCGGCAGCUUGCCCGCCGGCCAGCCGACGCAGACGGGCCUACUCUUAGCGGGUGGCAAUGGCAACACGUCGAGCCUGAGCAUUUGUGCGCCGAACAUGAGCAGUUGCAGCAUGAGUGCCACCAACAAUUCGGGACGUACCAAUUUCACCAACAAACAGCUGACCGAACUGGAGAAGGAGUUCCACUUCAAUCGCUACUUGACGCGCGCGCGACGCAUCGAAAUCGCCAACACGCUGCAGCUCAACGAGACGCAGGUGAAAAUCUGGUUCCAAAACCGCCGCAUGAAGCAGAAGAAGCGGGUCAAAGAGGGUCUAAUACCGGCGGAUAUAUUGACACAACAGAGCGUCUCCACCACGACGGCCGCAACAACGAACAACACUGCUGCCGCGACGGGUCCGGCGAAUACCACUAGCAAUAUAAAUGUGGGCAACAAUUGCCCAAAUAACGCAAACAGCAACAGCAACAACAACAGCGCGCAAAUGCACAAUGGCCCCACCGUCGGUGGCAGCAGCCACAGCGCGGUUCGCUUGGGCUCGGCGAGCAUCGCCAGCAGCAGAGAGGCUGUCUCACACAACAACAACAAUAACCACAACAAUAACAAUGGCAAUCAGAAUAGCAACAACACAAUGAGUAACGGAGAUUGUAAUCUGACAGCGCAUAGCGAUAAUAGCCGUGAAUCGAAUUAACGCAAACGCAUUUGCACCAACAACGCCAACCCAAAGCUGACCACCAUCACCUAGGUGUUCCCAUUGAUGACUCCAUUCGCUGGACAGGUGGCAGCACAGCGACCUUACGGUUAUUUCGUUACUUUGUGGCAGCUACUACAUAGUUAGGCAACUCGAGCGCGUGGCAAUUGCGUUUAGUUUUAUUGCCAAAUGACGGAUACACGCACCCACUACAACUACAACUACGAUUGCAACAAAAACAAUGAGUAGUGUACAAAAUGCGUAGCAACAUGUAGCAUUUGCUCAUUUGGCUGUGAUAACUGUUUAAACGAUAAAGUCAACACAUACUAACAAAAUAUUUAAUUAACACAUCCUCCCACACACACAUACGAACAUAUGUACAUACCGUGCGCAACGCAUGUCAGCAGCUUGUACAUAGUUAUGAGUGCGUGUAUUUGCCAGAGAUAGAGUAUUUGCUUUUGAGACACAAACGCCGUGCAAUAAUCAAAAUUUUUACACCCAACAAGUACAGUUAUACCUAGCACAGUCGCAUAGAAAAGUAUGUAAAUAAAUAAAACGAGCUAUCACCGAAAUUACCAAACUCAUGAUCGCUUGAAGUAUUAGCUUCGGCUGGUGUUAUACGCAACUGCAUGUUGUGCUAACAACAUCGUGUGUGCCGUAAUUCGGUGCAGAUACUCGUGGAGUGUCGUAAAAUGUGCCAUAUUCGCUAAAUAUAAAAUUUGCAAACAAAUCAAACAAUUUUAUUUAAUAUACAAGCGUUUGCUAAAAAGUCUGAAUAUUUAUGCAACCGAGAGUUAAUUUGAAAUAAUAUUGCUCCAACAUGUUAGAUCUUUAACGAAGAAAAAAUAAAUGUCAAAGGUCUUAUGUUCAAGCGAUUCUAUUUCUUUCGUUUAAGCAGUCACUCCUGUCAAUUAUGGUGCUAAUUUUUUCAACUAAAGGUUAAUCGAAUAAUUUAACACUUGAUUAUUUAAAAAAAUAAUACUAAAGAUAAAGCAUUAUUUUCUGAUGAAGAGCUGUCUUUGAAAAAUGGAUAACUCCAUUUGUUAAACAUUUUUGAGGAGAAUAUUACAUUUGAAUCCUAAUACAUAUAAAACUUAAACCAAACAGGCCGGUCAAUUAUUAUUAACAAUAUUUGUAAAUAUUUUUCUAUAUAAAAAGUUUGUAUAUGAGAUGUAAUAUACUACUAUGAGCAAAAAGUAGUAAGACUUUGCUCAUAACUUUAAAAUUCUUAAUUUAUUCUUCAAAAUAUAUAUCGUCCCUCUCAAAGUAAUCACCCUUGGCCCCAAUACACCAGUGCCAAUGUCUCUUACAGUCCUUGAAACAGUUGUUAAAGUCAAUUUCCGGAAUAACUUUCACUGCGUGUAUCGCUUCAAGUUUAAUAUCUUCAAUUGACUCAUAAGGGGUUACCCCGAAGCGGCCGUUUGAGUUUGAUCAAUAGCCAGAAGUUACACCGACCUAAACUAGGCGUAAACGGUAGUGCGGAACAAUAUUGGUUGAAAAUUUGGCGAAAAACUGAGUCUAUGUAGUAUGCAACGGUGAAUUUUAGUGGUCCAAAAACCAAGAGUUGUCGACCCAUAAAUUUGCCUAUUUUUAUGAAUAGCUUCACGUAGACGACGCAUAACACUCAAAUAGUAUUCCUUGUUGACAAUUUGGCCAGACGGAAGAAAUUGGAAGUUCAGCACAACUCGAUAACCAAAAAAACUGUAACCAAAAAGUUGAUUUUUUACUCGCUUUGACGUGGUUUUUUCGCCUUCGGCUCAGCCUUGGCAUGAAAUUCGGCCGAUUGAUCGUCUGUUUCCGGUUCGUAAGUAUAGAUCCAAGACUCAUCGCCAGUAAUAAUACGUUUUAUGACAUCCUGGUAGUCAGAAAGCAUUGUUACACAGACGUUGACGCGAAGCUGUUUUUCGAAAAAUGAUUGUGAUUUUGCAUUCAACCGUGCUUUCACUUUUCUUAGGCACAAAUGAUCCUUCAAAAUGAUUUUCACUGAUCCUUCCAAUAUUCCAACGAUGUCAGUAAGAUCUCUGACUAUUAAUCGUGGAUUCUCAAGCAUGAAUUUCUUUAUUUCAUUGACGUGUUGAUAAGUGGAUGUUGAUGAUCGUCCUGGAUGUGGUUCGUCGUCAACGCGUUUUCGACUCUCUUUGAAUAAUUUUUACCAAUCAAAACCACUUUUUCGUGUCAAACAUUAUCACCGAAGGCCUUUUCCAACAUUCUGAACAUUUCGACACCAGAAAUGUGAUUCUGCUCACGCAAUUUUUGGAAGUUCUUUGUUGAAUAAUUUAACUCACUCAGCUUUUAAAGUAGAUUUUUCCGUAUUUCUAUAGGCUAUUUCUUUAGAAUAUAGGUAAAAUUCAAUUUUUUGUAUAUUUUUGAUUUUUGUUCGACCGUCGGUCAAGGUAUGAACGAUAACGAUGAAGUAGCGCGGUUUUAUUUCGCCGAUUUCCCAGUUUGUGAUAGGAAUGAUUGGGCAACCUCACAUACCAAAUUUGGUUGAAAUUUAAUCUAAAGGAGGGCGCUAUCACGCCCAUUGUUCAAUUUUAUACCAUAAAGCUCCUCUCAACCAUCUUGAAGUUUAAGCUUUGUGUUACAUUUAUUCAGUGAGUUAUCGCCCUUUCAGUAGUUUUCAGUAUAACUGUUAGGUUUAGGUGUCAUUGAGUGGAGGACCGGUUUUGUUAGAGAAGUCAGAGAUCUUAUGUAACUUGAAAACUUUUUUCUUUAAAAAUUUUACUUUGUGUUCUUGAAACAUGUAGAAAUAUUCCCUUAAAAUUUGGAAAAAAAGGAAACAGUAAUAUUAUUUUUAAUUCGUAAAAACUAACCUUUUAUAAGCAGGCACUAUAGUUGAACCCCUUAAAAAAAAUAGAAAUAAAGAUUCCCUUUCUUAUAAAAAUGAGUCAACUCAUACUAUAUGCACCAGGUAUCUUUCAUUUGAUUCCAAAAGUUAUUUUUAAAAACAUUAAUUUGCCUACUAAAAACCACUCGGUGUGUAGAAAAUAUUCAGACUUUACAACGUUGUAGCAAAUAAUAAUAGUUUAUACAAUCUACAUUACUUAAUAAGUGUUCUGUAAAUUAUACACAACUGUACAUAUGUA